AUGCCUCACCAAUUGUUCAUUAAAACUCUGACUGGCAAACUCAUCACCAUUGCUGUGGAUAUGAACGAUACAGUGGAAAAUGUCAAGUUACAAAUUCAAGAUCGGGAAGGAAUUUAUUGGGAUCAGCAAAGGUUGAUUUAUGCUGGAAAGGAUAUGGAACAUGGUACAACAAUGGGACAAUACUGUUUUUAUAAAGAAAUUUGUAUUCAUUUGGUGUUGAGAUUGAGAGGAGGAUAA